AUGCGAUUGGAGCACCAUACUAAAAUAUUCGCGUCUAUGUGUCCCGACGAGAUUCUUGAUCAUUAUGACGAUUACGAAACCAGAGAAUAUUAUGCAACGUUAUUGCUCGGUGACGUUUCAGGCUUUACAGAUCUUACGGAAAAAUAUACGAAAACCGGUGUCGGCGGUCCGUCGAAAUUGUCGGAAACCUUAAACAGCUACAUCGGUGCGAUGGUGCAGGAAAUUCUUUCGCAUAACGGUGACGUAGUGAAAUUUUCCGGCGACGCGUUUAUAGUAAUGUGGAAGCUCCAAGACGGAAUGCUUAUGCGCGAUAUCGCGACGGAAGCGAUGCAAACCGCGUGUGUCAUACAGAAACAUUUCGGAACUUACGACACGGACGUCGGCGUAACGCUCAAAGUAAAACUUGCCAUUGCUUCUGGAAAGACGUACUUCACAUCUAUUGGUGAUCCAGAAACGAUAUCGUAUUACGUUAUCACUGGGAAACCUGUCUGGGAUGUAAAACACGCCGAAGGAUUAUGUCGAGGUGGCGAUAUUCUCGUGGCACCCAGUAGCUGGCAAUGGGCAAAUCCUAAUGAGUAUAUUCACGAAAAAUUAGCAGAUGGCAUACAUACCUUAAUUAUAGCCUGUUCGGCAAUGUGGUAUCAAUCUAAAACUCAUGACGUGCAUAAUGACGUUGAAGAUGAUGAGAGAGAUAUCGAAGAAUUUCGUCGCAGAGGCUUUUUAACAUCAUUAGAGUCCGAUGCCAGUAGCAUAAUAUCCUUAACGGAUCGAAUAGAAGAUAGUUGGAAGGAACAUAAUUUUGAACAAAUCGAUUACAGUCUGAGGCCGAAGGUUAUCAAGGCAGCUAAAGCGCAAUUGAAGAAUUCGUUAAGAAGUUACAUACCCAGACCAGUGAUACGAUCCGUGGAAUUGGACGAGCCGUUGGAGCAUCUUACAGAGAUGAGACAAGUAGUCAUACUCUUCAUCAAUGUCAUCACAGCGGAUGUAUACAAGGGAAGAUUAAUCACGCUCGUUAACACAGCUUAUAAAUUAAUUUGCGGGCUAAUUAAUGAAAUGAACGGAUGCGUAAACAAGACGUCCCUCUUCGACAAGGACUUGAUAUUUCUCUGCAUAUUCGGUUUGCGAGGCGACAAACACGAGUUGGAAUCGCAGAUUGGAUUGAGAUGCGCCAGCAAACUGCGACAGGAUCUUCUAGCGAUGAAGAAUAUCAAAUCCGUGACAAUUGCUGUUACUACAGGGAUGACGUACUGCGGUGUAAUCGGUCACGUUUUACGGAGAGAAUAUACUGUGAUCGGAAUGUCGGUGAAUAAAGCGGCGCGUUUGAUGGUCGCGUAUAACAACAAAGUGGUGUGCGAUCGUGAGAGUUUCUUACACUCUCGUCUCGAAGCGAGACAUUUUAUAUUGCAAGAACCGAGGCAUUUGAAAGGGAUCACGAACAUCGGUCCUGUUUACGAAUUUCAGGAACAAAUGAAAUUCAGUACGCCUGAAUUAACAUGGAGCAAUUAUCCUUUGCUCGGCCGAGAAGCAGAGAUCGAAAUUUUCCAACAAAUACUGACGAAUCUGUUAGAAUAUUCCACCAGGGACAAAACAAUACAGCAUUUAAAACCCGAAUACAACACGCUAGUUAUAAAAGGCGAGCCGAGAAUCGGCAAGACAAGAUUAUUGGAUGAAAUCGCGCAGAAUAUUCCCAUAGAUGUACCAUAUCAUUAUAUUUCUCUGGUGAUGAGCGACGCUAAGGCUCCUUACAAUUUGAUCCACAUGAUUUUUUCCAAGCCUCUGAAUUUUGACAUCGCCACGACGUCGAGAGAACGCGAAGACAGAUUGACAUCACAACUAGGUCCGGUACGCGAACCCGACUUUCUCUGCUCCCUCAAUCAGCUGUUCAACGUUCAUUUCACGAUAAGUCCGCGUUACAAGGAGCUAUCCGUGGAACAGAAGCGCAAGGUGUUGAACAAGUUUCUGCUUAAGCUGCUGAGACGCUGCUUCAAGGAACUAUGGGUGAUGAUUAUCGAUGAUGCUCAGUACGGGGACAAUGAAUCUAUGCUAUUGUUUCGCACGUUGACCAAGCGGAACAUGAUCUUUUUUGUUCUCACAAUUGGGCACAAGCUCAGCGGCGAAUACGAAGUCCAUCCCGCUAUUUUGGAAAGAGCACGAAUUAUCGAAUUGAGUCAUAUAGAUAAGUGGUAUCACGCAGCACUCGCGUGUCAGAUUCUUCAUGUGUACGGAAUUCCUCCUGAACUCGAAAAGUUAAGUGAUCCAAGAAAAAGUUUUGGCAAUCCAGGAUGGAUAGAAAGUUACUUGGUAAGCCUUACCCAAUCUGGUAGCCUUUUAACAGUGUAUGUCCGCAAAACAAUAGCCGAAGAAAUGGGUUAUAACGGUCUAAUAUCUCCGCUGCAUUUGAAAACUGCAAUCCAUAAAGCAGAAACAAUUAAUGAUGAAGAAAAGAUCGCCGUUUGCAAGUUUGCGAAAGGUUUUGUACCGGAAGAGGGAAAUGCUGAGAUGACAAUGGAUGUAAUGAUCUUGAAGCUCUUCGACUCAUUAACACCAUUGGAUCAAUUACUACUAAAAUGCGCGUCAGUGUUGGGAGAAAUUAUUAAUAGAGACAUGUUACGAUACCUAAUGGAAGAUAAAUCUGCGAGAGAAAUUGGACUCGCCGCUCAGAAACUCUUCGAAAUUCGAAUUUUUGGAUGCGCACGAGGUGAUUUCACUACGAGUGGUAGACCGCUUGUAUUUUACAGAAAUGUAAAAAGAAUUAGCGUCGAAGCAGAAAUUGCGUGCGAUUGUAUAGGUCUCAUAAUACCAGAUGAACUAGCUGAUUUGCCGCGAUAUGCAUCUUGCGGUUUGAUGCGUUUUAAAAUGUCAAUGUUUCGCGAAACUACUUACAGAUCACUCACAGAAAAUCAUAAGAUAGAAUUACAUAACAAAGCAUUAAAAUUUCUUCAACGACAUACCAGACGAUGUAUGGCAUGUGGCGAGUUACAAUUUGCAAAAUUAUUAGGCAAAGUAACCGCACAAGAUAUUAAAAGGAGGAGACCAACUAUUGAGCUUCCCGAAACAUAUCAACUUGAAGAAGUACCUUACACUCUCAAAGAAGAAGCAGACGACGAGAAGAAAGCAGCGAUUUGUCUCAAUAUUUUCCGAAAAAUCAGAAAACCACUCAAAACUUUUUCUAAUGUUGAUUUCGCCAAUUGUCAAUGCCAUCUUAUAUUAAUAACCGUCUACUCACAAAUGUUGGAUCAUUGUCAAGGAAUUGGAAAGCCAGACAUGAUCUUGAUGGCAAUUCUGGAGUUCGUAGAGGUUUGUUUGGCAGAAAACAAUAUACCUCAAGCUCGCAGACUUUUGAAUGAUGCUGAAGUUGUGCUUCAGCAAAUGUUUGAAGCUCACGAAGAAGAAUCAAUAUUCUUGUCUUAUCUCACUGCAAAAAUCCGAACGCUUCAAGGUAGGUGUCAUUUGGAAAGUGGUUUACUUUCCGAAGCGAAGAAAAAAUUAAACGAAGCAAUGAAUAGUUUGGGUUAUCAUUUUCCACGACACAAAUUCUCGAUUAACUUGAAGUCGACGAUGCAACUCGAGUCAUUAAGAUGGAAACUGAUUUGUCCCAAGCCUUGGAAAAUCGACGUCGCCGAUGAACUGACCAUGAAUUAUAUCGAACAAUUGGCUAUUUGUUUAGCACUAAUGUUUGAAGUUUUUAGAGGAACAAUGGACAUGAAGACGCAUGCACGAUUAGCAGCCUUAUGGAGCUUGAAUGCUGCGCUAAAUUCGUCGAGAGAUUUUAUCACACUCUGCACUUCGCUCACGAACAUGAUGCUUACCGCACAUGUCUAUCAAAAAAGGUCAGUUAUUUCUCAUUUGGAAAAACAGGCUAUCAAUGUAUGUGCAAGAAAAGGGGACUUCCUCGAAUUCCAAGAGCUCAAGAGCGUCGCUGAACUUUACGCGGGAAUAUUUUUCUCGCGAUGGUUGAGAGGAGAGAUUAGCAAAGCGAUCAGAAUCGGCUUUAUCGUGACGAGGAUGGCGCAAACCAUGAAUUCCAUAUUUCUCAAAUUGCUCGUACUACCAAGAUUAGCGCAUUUGCUCAUGAUUUCACGUCGUCAUUCGGAAGUCGUAGUUUUGCUGAGAGAACUGGAAUUCGCGUCGCAAAACGACUUGGAAAAAUCGGGUCGCACAUGGUACUAUGCUAUUUGCGCCGAUGUACAACUCGAUACUGGCAUCACGAUCCUCUCAUUUCGAAAUUGCGAGCAAUAUUAUCUUACAGAAGGGGAGUCCAUAAUCAGCCUGCACGAUCCCGAAGCGGAGAGACGAUAUUUCACCUCCAUGUGGCUGUGGUGUAUCAGAACGCAGCAGUGGGAAGCUGUCAAAGUUUGGAACAGCAGAAACGUAACAGCCGAAAGCGUGGUGGAUGAGCACAAGGUGGCAGCAACAAUUACUGCGUUGAAAAAACUCGAGGGACUGCUACUUUUGUACGUGCGGGAAAUUUCUAAUAGAAACAUCAACGCGCUAAGCACAAUGGCAGAAAUUAAAGAUAAAUUUAAACAUAUCGAGAAAAUGAUAAAGGUUGUAAAAAUCGCAAUUCCCAGAUAUAUGUUAAUGAAAGCCUAUUAUUAUAUGGUUCAAUCUCGAAAAAAUGCUGCGGUAAAUAUGCUACGACAAACGAAGAAGUUAUCUAUGAAGGUAGAUAACAGAAUGAUUUAUACAUGGGCGAAUCAUUGUCAACAGGAUUGGUUGGGUGCCAUGUCUUCCCUACAUGAAGAUUUGUGGAAAGAAAAAACUAUUGAGUUAGAUUAUGAGCGGGAUGAAGUUAAUGCAAAUGAUUCGACAAUGAUACCUUUUACAUUUCCAUUGCCAAAAUAUGUUUUGUAA